UCUCUCCCAGAUGUGCAGAUGCAGCUCUCACACGGUGCUGGGGCAGUUGAUGCUGUACACUGAGUUGCCUUUACUGACCACUGAAUACCAGCUGUGAUUUGAGAGAGAAGAGGACUACAUUCAGGAGUUACUAUGAGCCACUGUGAGCCUUAUGUGACCAGGAACAAUCACUGUCCCAUCACUGCUGUAAGGAAUGAGAGUCAGGACUACUUGCUGAUGGAUGCUGAGGAUGGAGGGGAGAACUCAGUGCAUCCCUAUGGAUAUUACCCUGUGCGAAGCACAGAAAAUAGAUCAUGCCACCGGCGACAAACGUUACUUAGAGAAAAGGGUAGAAGGCAAGCCAAUCGGGGACCUGCGUAUAUGUUCAGCGACCGAUCUACAAGCCUUUCACCUGAUGAAGAACGGUUUCUGGAUGCUGCAGAAUACGGAAAUAUCCCCGUAGUCCGGAAAAUGAUGGAAGAAUGUCAUACUCUAAAUGUUAAUUGUGUGGAUUAUAUGGGACAGAAUGCUUUACAAUUAGCAGUAGCCAACGAGCAUUUGGAAAUAACAGAACUGUUGCUAAAAAAAGAAAACUUAGCCCGGGUCGGUGAUGCUUUGCUUUUGGCCAUCAGUAAAGGAUAUGUACGGAUAGUAGAAGCAAUAUUAAACCACCCCUCCUUUGCAGAAGGUAAGCGUCUUACAACAAGCCCCAGUCAGUCGGAAUUCCAACACGAUGACUUUUAUGCCUACGACGAAGAUGGGACUAGGUUCUCCCAAGAUAUUACACCAGUCAUCUUGGCAGCCCACUGCCAGGAAUAUGAAAUAGUGCACACACUUCUCAGGAAAGGAGCUCGGAUUGAACGACCUCAUGAUUACUUUUGUAAAUGUAGUGAAUGUAAUGAGAAGCAAAAACAUGACUCUUUUAGCCAUUCGCGAUCUAGAAUCAAUGCUUACAAAGGACUUGCAAGCCCUGCAUACCUUUCUUUAUCCAGUGAGGAUCCUGUGAUGACUGCUCUAGAGCUCAGUAAUGAGCUUGCUGUGUUAGCAAACAUUGAAAAAGAAUUCAAGAAUGACUACAAAAAGUUGUCAAUGCAAUGCAAGGACUUUGUUGUUGGACUUCUCGAUUUGUGCAGAAACACAGAGGAAGUUGAAGCAAUUUUAAAUGGCGAUAUCGAUACUAAUCACGGCAAUGUGGAAGCAAAUGGGCGGCCUAGCCUGUGUCGAUUAAAGCUGGCUAUUAAAUAUGAAGUAAAAAAGUUUGUAGCUCAUCCAAAUUGUCAACAACAGCUUCUUUCAAUAUGGUAUGAAAACUUGUCAGGAUUACGGCAACAGACCACUGCAGUCAAGUUUCUGGUUGUCCUAGGAGUUGCAAUAGGAUUGCCAUUUCUGUCCGUUGUUUACUGGAUUGCACCAUGCAGUAAGCUGGGUAAAAUAAUGCGAGGUCCUUUCAUGAAAUUCGUGGCUCAUGCCGCUUCCUUCACUAUUUUCCUUGGUCUGCUAGUUAUGAACGCAGCCGACAGAUUCGAAGGCACAAAGAUUCUUCCUAAUGAGAGCAUCACAGAUAAUGCAAAGCAGCUGUUUAGAAUGAAAACUUCCUGCUUCUCGUGGAUGGAAUUGCUCAUUAUAUCAUGGGUAAUAGGAAUGAUUUGGUCGGAAUGCAAGGAGAUUUGGUCUCAAGGUCCCAGGGAAUAUAUCUUUGAGCUGUGGAAUAUCCUUGACUUCGGAAUGUUGGCAAUCUUUGCAGCUUCAUUCAUUGCCAGGUUUAUGGCUUAUUGGCAUGCUUCCCGAGCUCAAAAUUAUGUUGAUGAUGAUGAAAAUAUCAAGGACGUGACAAGUGCAACGCUGCCUCCUGAAAUAAAAUACUACACGCUAGCCAGAAUUAAAUGGCUUCCGUCAGAUCCUCAAAUCAUAUCCGAAGGCCUCUAUGCAAUUGCUGUAGUUUUAAGUUUCUCCAGAAUUGCCUACAUUUUACCAGCUAAUGAAAGCUUUGGACCUCUGCAGAUAUCACUUGGCCGAACUGUCAAAGACAUCUUCAAGUUUAUGGUUAUAUUUAUCAUGGUAUUUGUGGCCUUCAUGAUUGGAAUGUUUAACCUGUAUGCUUACUAUCUUGGAGCCAAACAAAAUGAUGCCUUUACCACAGUUGAAGAAAGCUUUAAGACUUUAUUCUGGGCUAUAUUUGGACUAUCUGAAGUGAAAUCAGUUGUGAUUAAUUAUGGACACAAGUUUAUUGAAAAUAUUGGCUAUGUCCUGUAUGGGGUUUACAAUGUUACCAUGGUCAUUGUCCUCUUAAACAUGCUUAUUGCGAUGAUCAACAGCUCCUACCAAGAGAUUGAGGAUGACGCCGACGUAGAGUGGAAAUUUGCCAGGGCCAAACUUUGGUUUUCUUACUUUGAAGAAGGGAGGACUUUACCUGUACCUUUCAAUUUGGUUCCAAGCCCUAAAUCUUUCAUUAACAUCGCUCUAAAAACAAAAGCUUUUCUGUACAAAUUAUUUUCACGCAAUACUAAAGGUUUGCAAGAAGAUUCGGAGAUGAAUAAGCUGGGGCAAAGCAAACACUCAAGCAUUAGAAGUUCUGAAGAUGGUAAUUUGAACAACAUAGGUAAUCAGCCUACAAAAUAUCAGAAAAUAAUGAAGCGCCUUAUUAAGAGAUAUGUUCUGAAAGCUCAGAUAGACAAAGAGAGCGAUGAAGUCAAUGAGGGAGAACUAAAGGAGAUUAAACAGGACAUUUCAAGUCUCCGUUACGAACUUCUUGAAGAAAAAUCUCACAACACAGAGGACCUUGCUGAGUUAAUUCGGAAACUCGGAGAGAGGUUGUCAAUCGAACCUAGACUACAAUAGAGCCGCGUAUGACUUAUCAGCGCAAGAUUAUCAGCAGCUACCAUUUGUACACACCCUGCUCAGUUUAUUACGUGACCAUAUACACAAUUUCAAUAUUGUAAGGACUUACAAAUUUAAACAUGCGCUUAGUAUAUUAAUAUUUAAAACAGGAAGAAAACUGAAACAAUGCGUGAGCUUAUUGUAAUACAAAUUUAUGGGCGUAUUAAGAAAUAAAAUUAACCUAGAUAAUAUUUUAACACAUUGUAAACAUGAAGCAUUCUUUGUCAUGUAACAGAGGUUUAAGCAGAGAUUGUCAAUUAGCAUUUAAUUCCUAAAGCAUAAUGGAAUAUUUUAUUCUAAUAUGAUAUAUAUGAUGGCCAUAUAAUGACCUGGGUUAUAGGCAUCCAAAUACGACAAAAGCCAUAUAUCUAUUAAGUCAAUAUUAUCUGAUCCAAGUACUCUGAUAGCAGGCACUAUUGGGCACUAAUAUAUAUUAGCGCAAUAUAAUAGAGCAAAUGUGAAACGUUAAGGAAAAUAAAUUGUUAUUGAAUAUAUUUUGGAAGGGGGACACAAAUUGUUAAAAUCAGACUAUGCAUUAAUAACAUCAUUAAUGUUUAUUGGUUUACUAUAUCGUAUUAAUUUUAUUUACAGAGCACUAACAUAUUCCAAAACAUACAAGUAUUUGGCAACAAUAAAAUUUAGGCUAAUUUAAAUAAAUAGUGGUGAUGCUGGUGGAAUGAGUAUACAGUUCGAAAGCUGGAGUGUAAUUACACGUAAGAUAGAUAAUAUACGAGAGAAUGGGAGGCAUUGUAUCUGUAAGGGAAAACCAAUUGACAGAUGUGCAAUUUUGUAUCUAACCAUAUACUAUAUUUAUAUAAUCGAUCUAAUUAGUGAUAUAAUAAGCAGGUGUGAUUGGGUUAAUCUGUAUGU